AAACCCCAACUCAGAACUCACAUUUUCACCCAACAAAUAUACUUCACUACUUCUCUCUCUACAACUUUCCGGCGUUUUCAAAGCAAUAUGGCCAGUCGGGGAAAGGAUCCGGCGAGGUUUGCGACGGCGCCGGCGAUGGCUGGGAUAACCCAUGCCCCCCAGAUUUAUGGUAAGAAAGGAAGGGAGAUAACUAACAUGAAAUAUGGCUCUGGUGCUAUGCAAACUCGAGUUGGAUGUAAUGAUACUUUUGUUUGGAGGGAGAGGGAGGCUGCACGGUUGAGCCAUCCCAAGAGCUAUGCCAAUAAUGCCCAUUUCGGCGAGGCUAAUCGCCCUUUUGAUGAUGAGGAUUGUUAUGAUGAGGAUGAGGAUGAGGACGAGUAUGAAAAUGAUUCUGAGUUCGAGGUUGGUGUUGAUAAGGUUAAGGGUGGUGUUUAUAAGGUGCCUCCACUGCCAAGGAGAUAGUAUACUGUACACGGAGGUCGUAAAGGAGUGGCAUUUGUCGAAAAUGAGACGAGUACUAGGAAGACUAGUGAUCAGCCUAAACCGGUAGUUGAUGAUUCUUGGAUUGUUAAGGGAGACAUGCCGGGUGGUCCAUCUGAUGGUUCUGUCAUUCCUAGCUAUGGAGGUCAUGUUGCUAGGCGGAUUUGGGAAGGAAAACCAAGGGGUGUGUUAAAAUGCUACAACUUAACCAAUGCUUGUGAGGCUCUUGUUGGAUGGAAAAAGACGGCGUUGCCUUUCAUGCAGGCACGGAUUGAUGCAACUGGAUUGGGUCACUUACCAUCUUGCAUGUUUAAACACAUUGAUAUGCCGUUGAUUUCUGCAUUUGUGGAGCGGUGGCAGCCUGACACAAAUUCUUUUCACUUACCGUUUGGAGAAAUGACGAUUAUGCUGCAUGAUGUAUGGCAGAUCCUCCACAUUCCAGUAGAUGGUUGUUUGAAUACUUCCCAAAGUAGCUCUAAGGAUUUGAUUCAUGAUAUGUCUGAGCUACUUGGAAGGACCCCAGACGAGCUUGUAGUUCCCCCUACACCUCAUUGGAGUGAUGAUGGUGUCUCCAUCGAAUCUAUUCUAGCUUUGUGCCGUGAUGGUACAUUGGUUGGUGAUAUUGAUACAAAGUUCACCAGUUGGAUGUUUUUGAUGCUUGGUUCUUCAUUAUUUGUUGAUAAGAAUGAGAGUAGGAUUAGACCUUCUAGCAUACUUGAGGUAAAUUAUGAUUGUGAUUUAGGAAAGAUUCCUAAGUAUGCGUGGGGUGCUGCAACUUUGGCAUUUCUGUACCGGCAGCUAGGGGUUGCUAGUCGGGGUGCAUGUGAUGGCAUUGCUGGUUGUCUGACACUUCUACAAGCAUGGAUAUAUGAGUACUUCCCUUGUUUCCGACCUCACCAAAAACGACUAACUUGUGGCCCUAAUGACCCUCGCUCUCUUAUGUGGAGCACCAAGAUGGAGGACAAUAGUGAGGCCCGACUACGUUCGAUUCGUACCCAUCUAGAUUAUUUGACAGCCUUGGAGGUGAAUUGGCUGCCUUAUGGUCCUAAUCCUGCUUCCAUUGUGCCAAGGACCUUAUUCCUGGGGUGGCUUCGGUAUCAGGAUAUCAUUGAGCCAUAUAUGCCUGAACGGGUGUUACGCCAGUUAGGCUACAAACAGGUGAUUCCUUCUUCAAUAUCUAGGCCAGAGAAGGCUUACAGGCCAGAGGACAGCAAGUUGUAUAAUGUUGAGUUUCCGGUCAUGGCCACUGAGUCAACUUGGCAAAUCUUUCCAAGAGGAUCCAAGCUAAUUCUCUCCGAGUUUCAGCGUAAUUCAAAUCCUAGUGCCUGCUCUCCAGAAUAUGAUGAUUGGUUCUUUGAUGUAUCACAUCGUUAUUUAGUUGAUGAGGAUUGUUCGAUGGAUCGCUAAAACGCUGCAUAUUGGAUGAGUCAUAUGCUUACACUCAUACAACCUUGGAUGGAUGCUCGAGAUAUUAUGCCAACCAAAGAGACCAGAGAUGUUGCUGGCGAAGUAGAUGAUCUCAUUCGUCAAUGGAACAUAGCUAAAUGAUCUCAUUUGUAAUAUUAAUCAUCUCUCUGAUUUAAUUACUAUCGUUGUAACUAACGAGACUUUUAGUUGAAGGAUAAUUUGGACUUAAAUUUUUAUAUUUGUAUUGUCAUUCGCUUCAUUUGCCUGUUGGUAUUUCUAAUUUUGUUUUUUA